AUGAAGAAUGCCUCCUGUGAGGAUGGAGAAGCACAAUUUGAAGCUUCCGAAAUCGUGGAAACUUCCUCAUACGUAUACCUCGGACGUUCUAUGGACAUGGAAAACGACUUGAAGGAAGAACUGAAUAGAAGAAUGAGAGCAGCAUGGAUAGCAUUCGCAGCCGUCAGGGAAGCUACGGGCCAACUGAAGGACCGAGAUCUUCGUGCCCAUCUGUUCGACUCGACAGUUUUUUCAGCGCUCUGUUGCGCAGCGGAGACGUGGGUAGACAUCGCUGCCACGUCCAGGAAGCUUCUUACUACCUACAGCGCCCCUGAGUGA